AUGUCGUGCUUCGGCGGCCGAGACGAGCUGCUCUACCUGGUCGAGCUGACGGUCGAGCGUCUCAAGCUCACGGCGGACAAGUACCGCGAGGACUUUGCCGAGCUGCCGCCCCUGGUCAAGCUCAAAUUCCUCGAUUUCCCGGUCUUCGAGAUAACACCGCGUCGCGAUGCCGAUGACACCGCCCACCACCCCCCUGUUCCACCUGACGAGUACGACGAGUCCGAGGGACUGAUCUACGCUUGCGGCAAGUCGGUGCUCUUCGUCAGGAAGCCACGAGACCUCGUCUCGGCCAUGAAGGCGCAACCCCUCAAGGUCGGCGUUUUCCGGGAGGGUGACACUUUUCCCGUUGCCGAGGCUUCGAUACCACUCUCUGGCUGCCUGUGCGACCAGGUGACCAUGGUCCGCAACGACCCCGAGCACAGACCCAAGCCCUACGAGCUCAAGGGUGGCUACAACAUCCUCGACUCGGGCAAAGAUUUCGCAGGUUCCAUCAAUAUUUACCUGCGCCUCACCUUUUUCGGCUCCUACAUCGUUUCGCACUACCAGAUGUACGAGGACAGCUGCGUUUUUAGAAACGAUUUCGACGGUGAAAUGCGGAUCACGAAGAUCGACGGGAAGCCGGAAAACUCGGGGGAGGAAGACGAGGAUGUGAAAAGGCAGUUCAAAAUCACCGAGGGCACGGUGCUCGCGUCCAUGAGGAGCGAAAGCGCGAGCGACAGUCUGCUCACGACGCCUGGUAAGCCCAGCGACGAGUACGCCGGCCGCUAUCGGAGCGCGUGUUCCUCGAUUGCAUCUGACAAGGCGAAGACGAACAAGUCCGUCUGCCUCUGUCCUUCCGGCUGCAGCAGCCGAGGUACUGUUGCUUAUCCCGUGCUCCGGGCUAACGAUCCGCGGAAGGGCAGGGGCCACACGGGGAUCCAGAGGGAGAGUACAGCUCUGCAGUUUAUGCCCACCCAUUGUGCCGUAGACACGACGACGAUAGCCACUACUACAACCACCACUGCAACUACGAUCGCGAAAAAUGACGAGCAACAGCUGAGCAAGAGGAGGCUGAGGGGUGGCGGCGGUAACGGGGAGUUAGCCGGCGGCGCGGCCGGCCUCUUCAGCGGCGAUGCCGACUUUACCUGGUACAACAGCCGCUUCGCGCUGCCCUUGGCUCGCCUCGAGGGCGGAGGUGGAUCGUCAGCGGCGUGCCAGCAGCAGGCCUAUCCAGCUGCCGGCUGUGGGAAACCAACCACGAGGAGCGUUGGCUUUCAGAACGGCUUCGACAACAGUUUCGUGCGGCUGGACAGCAUCAAUCCGGAGUACUUGUCGUUGAACCGUUGUCGGUUGAGACACGUGGAAAACAAGGGAGGUGCAAAGCCCGAGUGUUCUUGCACGGGCAACGACAAUCUGGAAAAUAUGCUGAGAAAAAAGGGCCAGCCGGUCUGCAGGAAGAAGCCUUGCAUGGGCCCGGACUGUCUGAUCAAGGCCUUCCAGGACGCGCAAGAGUUUGUCGAUUCCAUCGGGAAGGUCCCGGGCCUUGCCGGGCUGGGGAUAACCGAGAGCCCGUACUUCGGUAGGUCCCAGGAGCCGAGGGAGAUCAAAAAAGCCGACUCAAAGGCAGCGCCCGUCAACAAACAGCCCGAGGCCACUUCCAAUCUUUGCAACGCCCAAAACGUGGACAACUUGAAGAAGGCCAAUUACAGCGCGAUGUCCGGUACUUUGAGCACGAGUGGGCCAAAGAGGUCGGGAGUGGUUCAGGAGGGAGUGACGAGUUUGCCGGAUCCGUCGACCCACGCGUCGCUCAGAUCCAAGAAGAAAGAUGAAAAAUCGGAAAAGCCCAAGGAAGUCGAGAUCGCGUUGCCCCAGGCUGUCGAGGAAACACCUUGCGGGGAGCCAAAGUGCAAGUCGAGACCCAAGAAAGUUAACGCGGAAAAGGGGGAGUCCAAAGACAACGCGGAAUCAACGCAGAAAACGUCAAACGCGUCGAGAUCCGAUAAAAAGAGCCACUCGAAGGGAAGGUCGCAGUCCGUUCCCGGGGAGAAAUCGAAAAAGCCCAUUCAGUUCGACUACUCCUACGGAAGUGCUUAUCCAACUUCUGUUUACGGUCACAAAAAGUGCAGCCUUCUGAGGGCCAGAGUGCCAGCCCACAUGGGAUGGAUGUGGAACCAGAUCGAUCCAGUGACGAAGCUCAAGCCACGCACGGGCUGGAGACCAGGAGCCAUAAGCUUAGCCCUCAAAGGUCUACUGAAGGAGGCCAGAGAAGGUUUCUUCAAAGAAGUCCGGAGACCUAUGUCGCUUCCCAGAAUGGGAGGCAAGAAAGGAGGCAAGGUCCAGAAGACGACAAGCUACACGGGCGCGAAGAAGAAUCUCUGCGAGGAAGCCGAGGCCGAGGAGGAGAUCGAGCAUCCUCCGACGCUCCACGUUCACAGGAAAGAUGGAACGUAUUACGUGACGAUGUAUCCCAUUAGACAGGACGCAUCGGGCUCACCUAGACUGGAUGAGCCUACAAAUCCGUUGCAGUUCAAAAUCGUCAAGAGUAAGGACUCUAUUGCUUCGAGUUCUACAGCUUCGGAUAUGGAGAUUGAGUUUUCACCACCGGCUGCUGUGAAUAGACCCAGAAAGAGGCCCAACGUGGUGCACCUUGGAACACAAGUGAAGCAACAAGAGAUAUUGGAUUCGUUUAAGAGGCCCUCUGAUUCCAAAAAGAAACAUAAAGAUGCGCCAGGCAAAGAAAGCGGCAAGAAAGAGAAAAAGAAAUGA